AUGGAAGACAUAGAGAAAUCCAACCAUUAUCUUAUAGAAUCAUCUGCGAGAAAAAAUAGAAACGGUAAGGGUAGAAUAAGAACAGCACUUCUGAGAUAUGCUUUGUUGCUUGUUUUCGUUGUAUUACCAGUAACCACGUUUGGGUUAGGAUUCCAUAUCAAUUAUAAAGCUAGUAAUCCUGAUGUAUAUCGGUUACCUAAAUCUCAAUUCACUAAAGACGGUAAGAUUAAGGUAUCAUUUGAUAAUUUGAGAAACGGUACUUUUGUACCAGAACUCAAAGCAUUGCAAUGGAUCCACACAACUGGGUCCACUGAAGAUGAUAAGGGGUUAUUUCUCACUACAGAAAAUGAUAAUUACGAAGUUAGAUCUGUGUUUGAUGAAGAUUACAGCAAGAUAUUGUGGGAGGGUAAGAGUUUUCAAUACAAGGGUGCCAAUCACAGUGUAGAUUCAUUGGUAGCAUCGCCAAACUUAGAGCAACUGCUCAUUAGAACUAGUACUGUACACAAUUGGAGGCAUUCAAGUUUUGGGUCUUAUUUCGUUUACAACAAUGUUACCGGUAUUGACCGCAUUGGUGAUAAUUUAGCAUUGGCGGAAUGGUCACCUAAUUCUGUGGAUAUUGCUUAUGUUAAGGAUAACGAUUUGUAUCUCUACUCUACAGAAGAAUCCAAAACUGUCAGUAGAAUUACUCAUGAUGGUAGUACUCAAGUAUUCAAUGGUAAGCCGGAUUGGGUUUAUGAAGAGGAAAUUAUGGAAACCGAUAGAACGUUAUGGUGGUCUCCACAAGGUGAUUAUUUGGCUUUUUUCAAGAUUAACGAAACUUUCGUUAAUGAAUUUGUGAUUCCAUAUUACGUGCAAAACCCUGAAGAUGUGUAUUCUGAAUUGAGAUCCAUCAAGUAUCCAAAAAGCGGUACGCCUAAUCCAGUAGCUGAUGUUGUCAUAUAUGAUGCAAAGAAGGAUAAGACUUCACCGAUUGGUUUAGAAGGUUCGCCAGAAUUGCUCACGGAGGCCAAAUGGGUUGGUGAUGACCAAUUGCUUGUCAAGAGUAGUGACCGUUCAUCCGAUGUUUUGAAAGUUUAUCUGGUAAAUGCAGUGACUCAAAAUUCGAAGAUUGUGCGAGAGGAUUCUUCUAAUGGUGGUUGGUGGGAGAUUACUCACAACACAUUACAUAUUCCACGUGACGAUUCCAACGGUAGAAAUAGUGAUGGGUAUUUGGACGUUCUACCAAUAGAUGGAUUUAAUCAUCUUGUUUAUUUUGAUUCUGUUGGAUCUUCAUCCCCAAUUGCGCUUACAAGGGGUGAAUGGGAAAUUGAAGACGGUCCAUUCGCAUUUGAUCAUGAAACUAACGAUGUUUACUUCAUUGCCACAAAGGAAUCUUCCACUCAGAGACAUCUUUACUCUGUAAAUUUAAAGCAACCGGAGGAGAUUGUUGAAAUAACGGACACAUCUGAAAAUGCUGUUUAUACAGCUUCAUUCUCAUCGGGUAGCAGAUUUGUUUUAAUCUCCUAUAGGGGUCCAAGUAUACCUUUCCAAAAGAUUGUGGAUUUGAAAUCAAACCAACCAGAUGCUGACAAAAAGGGCAACAUUAGAGGUAAAACAUUGUUUUAUUUGACUAAAAAUGAGAAGCUUUCUGAUGAACUUUGUAAAUAUGCUAUCCCACGCAAACAAUUUAAAGAAUUGACUCUACCAAAUGGUGUGAUUGUGAAUGCGCUGGAAAUUUUACCUAAUGGUUUUAGGGCCAACAGGAAAAAUUAUUAUCCGGUGUUUUUUUAUGCCUAUGGUGGACCCAAUUCACAACAAGUUUUGCAAACUUAUUCAGUGAGUUUCUUAGAAGUCUUUGCGUCUCAAUUGAAUGCUAUCAUAGUGAUUGUCGAUGGACGUGGCACUGGCUUCAAGGGAAAGGAGUUUAGAUCAGUGGUUCGUGAUAAAUUAGGCGACUACGAAGCACAGGAUCAAAUCGCAGCUGCUGCUCUUUACAGUAGCAAGCACUACGUUGACGCUAACAAAAUAUCAUUAUUUGGAUGGUCAUACGGUGGAUAUUUGACUUUAAAGACAUUAGAAAAGGAUGCUGGUGUUCAUUUCAAAUACGGUAUUUCUGUAGCACCAGUUACCGAUUGGGGAUUUUACGAUUCGGUUUACACAGAAAGAUAUAUGCAUACUCCGCAACAAAACCAAAAUGGAUAUGAACAAUCUAGUGUUCAUAAUGUGACGGCCAUUGCACAGGCCAAAAGAUUUUUGUUAAUGCAUGGUACAGGUGAUGAUAAUGUUCAUUUCCAAAAUUCCUUAAAAGUUUUAGACCUGCUGAAUCUAAACAGUGUAGAAAAUUACGACGUUCACGUUUUCCCCGAUUCUGAUCAUGGUAUCAGAUACCAUAAUGCCAACAAAAUUGUCUGGGACAAGAUUUUGAACUGGACAAAAAACGUAUACCUGAACUAA